AUGAAUUCACAUUUCUUAACGAAUGAUCUCAUCCUGGAGGUUUUGUCAAGAUUGCCUUUAAAGUCAGUCGCGAGGUUUCAUUGCGUGUCAAAGCGGUGGGCAUCAAUGUUUGGUAGUCCAUAUUUCAAAGAGUUGUUCCUGACCAGAUCCUCUGCUAAGCCACGCCUCUUAUUUGCCAUCGUACAAAACGGUGUGUGGAGAUUCUUUUCAUCUCCUCGGUUAGAGAAGUCGUCGUCGACUCUUGUAGCAACCGCUGAAUUUCAUAUGAAGUUAUCUCCAAACAAUCUACGAAUCUAUCAUGAUAAUACCCCAAGAUAUUUUUCAAUUGGUUACGCCUCUGGCUUGAUCUAUUUAUAUGGUGAUCGAUACGAGGCUACACCUCUGAUAUGUAACCCCAACACAGGAAGGUAUACGAUCUUACCUAAGUGCUAUACUUAUAGAAAGGCGUUUAGCUUUUUCGGGUUUGACCCAAUUGACAAGCAGUACAAGGCAUUGUCCAUGAUCUAUCCAUCUGGUCCUGGUCACAGUAAAAUUCUUACUUUUGGAGAUGGGGAUAUGAAUUGGAAAAAGAUAAAAUAUCGUGUACUACAUGAUAUUUACAGUCAAGGGAUAUGCAUCAAUGGUGUUUUGUAUUACUUAGGUGACACGUCAGAUUGGGAUAAUGAUCAUGAUGUAACGUCUGGUAAUGUGUUAGUUUGCUUUGAUUUAAGAUCCGAAAGUUUCACCUUUAUUGGCUUAGAAUGUGGUCAAUUGAUAAACUAUAAGGGCAAAUUAGCUGUAAUUUUUUGGGAUGAUGUGGAUGAUGAUGAUGUGAAAGAUGAUGCCAUUGAUGAGAUGCAUGUGUGGGUUCUAGAGGAUGUCGAGAAAAAGGAAUGGUCGAAAUAUGCCUACACUUGGACCGAGGAUAAAUUAUACCGUUCUCAGGUUUCCGUGGUUGGAAUGACUGCUUCGGGUGAAAUAGUGUUUUCGAUGCGCAAGUAUACAUCUGAACAACCGUUUUAUGUUUACUACUUCAAUCCCGAAAGGAACAAUCUCCGACGUGUUGAAAUCCAAGGUUUUGAAGCGUUUACUAAAUUUGGUACAGUUUACACCUUUGUAGAUCACGUAGAGGAUCUUAAUGUUUACAAUUUAAAACAUUUCAAGUCAGUCCAUCCUCCAUCGGUGCAGCCAGAAUAUGAUGAAUCAGAUUCAGAAUCAGAAGAAGAUAGAGAGAUUAUCAUUUAG